GCUCCUGACGAAGAACUUGUCAGAAAUAAUCUUGUCUUCUAUGUUAUUACGAUCUAGUGUAAGCAUUGGGGUUUUUUAAGUCGAAGAAAUUUAAGGAAGAUGACAAUUCUGCUGCGCAAUUUAGCUUUGAAAGAACCUGCCUCAGGUUACCUUCAGCCCCUAACUGUUGCCAUGCAAUAUUUUGGCCAACCUAUCCGAUGGUUGACUGAUACUCAAGUGGCAAGUGCCAUCAAACCCAUAUACUCCAAGGUUCACCCAGACUUGUUUGGCCAGUACCCAAGAGCGCAGUAUAUCAAUGAAGCUUCUCUUAUGACAUUACGCAGCCAUCUUAACACGCUGCUGGAGAAGAGGCAGCCCCGCAGCACAACACUUCAGUUCUAUGUCAGAGAUGAUACAUCUGGAGAACUUGAUGUUGUGACUGUAGCACUGACACACUCUGAAAUCAGGUCAACACUUCAGUCUGUGUUGAGUUCAUUCAAGCUGCCCCUGGCACCGCUCUCCAAGAUGGUGGAGGCGUCACAUGAUGCUAGAGGGCCGGACAGAACUAUCAUUUACACGGGCCGUAUAAAUGAUGCAUGGGAUCAUUAUGAGCCCAAACAACGUCUGACUCUCCACGACUGGCUGAUGAAGAACAUGUGGCGGGCUGAGCAACAGACGCGCGCCGCGGCGCCCGUCAGGAAAGAUAUAGCCAGGCUCAAGCAGCGACUCAGGACCGAGCUGGGCGUGAGCACCGUGACUUCCGACAUCGCGACCUCCACGACCCGCCUCAGAGGCUGCCUCAGUGGCGUGCUGGAGCUGUACCGUGACUACCGGGACCUGGGCACCAUGCUGGCUGGACGGCGGCUGCAUUUCGGAAACGUGACCGGCGUGAGCCUCAGUGGGGCAGUGGUGCUGGGCACCGCUGAGGUCAAAAGUCAGUGGCUCAGCUUUAUCCAGCAGCUGGCUGAGGUGGACGCCAUGUUGAGCAGGAUCCCUGAUCUGCAGCGCGCUGUAUCCAUAGGCCUGCGUGGUAUCCAUGUCACCCACCGGAAGUUCGGUGGCAGCGUGGUGGCACGUGGCUAUGGCCACGACCUCAAGCGCCUGGUGACGGCCCUCAGCGACCACCGUGGCCGCCACGGCCUCCCUCAGCACUGGCCGCCGUCCCUCAGCCACCUGCAGCUCGUGGUCGAGCCGGCGUGGGGGCCGAUGUCGCUGUCGCCCACAGGGCAGCUGCUCGUUCCCUCCUCCUGCCCAGCUGCCCAGCUCCUGACCUUUGUGAGCGACCACCUGCAGCAGGCACCUGCCCUCCUGCUCACCUACUCGCAGGAAACAGAGCGCGAGAAGUCUCUGCACGCGCUCUGCCAGUCAGUGUUCUCGCUGGAGAUGCUGGAGAAGGAUGACUCGGUGGUGCCCCUGGAGAUGAUCAGCUGCUUAGGGCGUCUGCUGGCAGCCGCUGACACUCUCCUGCCACUGCUGACGGGGGCCAGGGUCUGGGUGACCAAAUAUUACGCGGUCAUGUUGGACGGGGAGAUAUGUCUGCCCUGGCACUGGGACAUGGGGGACGAGGAGAUGAGGGACUUGAUGAAGGGGGGUGCCUGA